AUUUCCUUAAGGAGUUCAGCCAAGCUGGGUAGUCCAUUCCUGAAUCUGACCACGCCGGCGGGUGGUAGCAGCAACCCCUCGCCCACCGCCACACCUGUACCGCUUCCGGACGCCAAGGUGGCGGCCAAACAGCUGGCCCAGAGCUUCCAGCUGUCCGCCAACUCAGCCUUCAAUCUCGCCCUGCCGCCGAGCUUCUAUCGCCACCAGCCGGCCCAGCAGCAGCAGCAGCACUCGGAGUGCUUGGACUACGGACACGAAACGCCGCCGGUGGACAUGGAUCUGAUAAAUCCGUAUAUGCGGCAUCACAGCUUUGCGGCGGCCGCCCAGGGAUCGCCGCCGUCGGCUGCCCAGCGCCACCAUUUGGCGGCGGCCAUGAGCAAUGGAUUCGCCGAUGUCCACGCCCAUGCGAUGGCGGCAGCGGACUACCAACAGCAGUUGGCCGACUAUCACAGUGCAGCUGCUGCAGCGGCAGUUUAUGCAAAUAAUAACAACAAUAACAACAACAAUAGCAGUAACAACAACAACAGCAGUCCUCUGAUGCUGCUAAAGGCGGCACAUGGUGGUGGCCUUAAGGAUUCGGAUUCGCCCUCGACCACACCGCCACCCGCCUCCUCCAGACUCCAUUCGGACUCCUCGCCAUCGCCGCGGUACGAGCACAACUCCAGUCCCGGGGUGGACAGUGCCAAGUCGUACGCCCUCAGUCAGAGGAGCAGUGGCGGAGAGGAUCCCUGCCAGAACAGUGAAUCCGCCAGCCCGCCGCCCCAGCCGUCGAGCGACUACAGUCCCGAGAACCUCUCCAGUCAGCGGGCCAAGUUCCAGCACCAUCACCACGGGGUCAAUCCUCUGGCUCUCCACAAUCACCAUCACUCCAGCGGUAAUGCCGCUCUCCACCACAACAACAACAAUGCCAUGGAUCACAAGCUACCACUCAGUUUCCUGGGUCCCCCGCUGGCUGCCCUUCACUCGAUGACCACGGAAAUGAAGAGUGUCCAGGGCGGAAGUAACAGUGGGGGUGGAGGUGCCUCGGCGACCGGAAAUGGUCUCUCCUACGGCCAUAGUCCCAAUUCACAUCUGAUCAGUGAUCGGGGUUCUGGCGGUAGCUCCUCUUCGUCCUCUACCACGGCCACCACCACAAACAGCCAGGGAGCCGCCAAUCCGCAUGGCAUCGACACGAUCCUCUCCAAACCACCGCCGGUCACAUCGGCAGGACUAAGUGCUUUAACAGGAGCUGGCAUUCCCCGCUUCUCCAUCGCUGCUGCUGCGGCGGGCAUGGCCCAGUAUCUGUCCCAGAGCCAGGGGACGCCGCUGAAGACCCACGCGGGUCAUAUCGUGGACCGCACGCACCUGUACUGGCCCGGACUGCAGGGACUGGUGGCCAAUCCGAUUGCGUGGCGCGAGCGGCUCUCCAACACGAUGUCUGCAAAUCUAUCGCAAUCCCAUCAGCAUCAUCCAUCGAACGACAAGGAUGGCAAAAAGAAACACACCCGCCCAACAUUCAGUGGUCAGCAGAUCUUCGCUUUGGAGAAGACAUUCGAACAAACCAAAUACCUGGCCGGACCAGAGCGUGCCAAGCUCGCUUAUGCCUUAGGAAUGUCCGAGUCGCAGGUUAAGGUCUGGUUCCAGAAUCGUCGCACCAAAUGGCGCAAACGGCAUGCGGCGGAAAUGGCCACGGCCAAGAGGAAACAGGACGAUAUGGGUGGCGACAACGACGGGGACUGCAGCGAGGCCAUGGACAGCGACAACGAGAGUCUCGACAUGGGUGAGAAUCCCGCCCAGAGCAAGCGAUGUCGCAGCAACAGCUCCGGGUCGUCGCAGCAGCCGGAUAAUUAUCGUCAUUAAAACGAAUUUACAAACUAAGAGAACUCUUCGCAAUGAAAUGGAAUGGAAUACACUUGAAAUAAAUUUCAAAGCGCCAGCUAAUUAGCUAGACAGCAAAAAAAAAGAA